CGCACUGGUAUUUGGAAGGGGUACUUUCAGGACUGUUGGGACGUAGGACUGGCUGCGCCCGAUCCUCAGCGGCGGCGGAGACGGCUGUGACUGUUGCUAAGGGAGGGGACGCGCGAGGAAGCGCUACCCCAGCCGCAGACAACACCAAACGGGACCCACCGAAGGGCGCCCCCUCCCUGGGACCCUCCUCCGCCCGGCGACUCCGUCUCGCCAGCUGCCCUUUAAAGGAGCCGCGAGUGCCGUCCCCACCUCCGGAAGGUGCCCCAAAGAGCUGACGCGACCCCGGAGCGCCACUCGAAUUUUUGAUUUUUGGUUCGCUUUCUACUACUGGGACGUUCUCGAAGAGGACAGGUGCUGCCUCCUGGCCCCAAGUGCAUCGCGGACCCCUGCUCGGGGGACCUCCUGGCCCCUGCCCCGGAGGCUUGGUGGGGAUUGGUGCCGCACCGCGAAUUCCAGGUCCCUCUCGCGCGCGGGGGAUGGAGCCGCAGCCCGGCGGCGCCCGGAGCUGCCGGCGCGGGGCCCCCAGCAGCGCCUGCGAGCUGGACCCAGCGGCCGAGGCGGCACCCAUGAGCCUGGCCAUCCACAGCACGACCGGCACCCGCUACGACUUGUCGGUGCCACCCGAUGAAACGGUGGAGGGGCUGCGCAGGCGCCUGUCGCAACGCCUCAAAGUGCCCAAAGAGCGUCUAGCCCUGCUUCACAAAGACACCCGGCUCAGUUCGGGGAAGCUGCAGGAGCUCGGCGUGGGUGAUGGCAGCAAACUGACCUUGGUGCCCACUGUGGAAGCGGGCUUGAUGUCUCAGGCCUCCAGGCCGGAGCAGUCUGUGAUGCAAGCCCUUGAGAGUUUGACGGAGACUCAGCCCUCAGCGGCGCCCGGGCCGGGCCGGGCUGGCGGAAGAGGCUUCCGGAAAUACAGAUUCAUUUUAUUUAAGCAUCCGUGGCACCGACAGGGACCCCAGAGCCCAGAGAGGGGCGGCGAGAGGCCCCAGGUCAGUGACUUCCUGUCAGGCCGCUCACCUUUGACAUUGGCACUUCGAGUGGGUGACCAUAUGAUGUUCGUCCAGCUGCAGCUUGCCGCCCAACACGCCCCCCUGCAGCACCGCCAUGUACUAGCUGCUGCAGCUGCUGCAGCCGCAGCUGCCCGAGGAGAUCCCAGCAUAACCACUCCUGUGUCCUCUCCCUGCCGACCGGUAUCCAGUGCUGCCCGAGUUCUUCCAGUGCCCAGCAGCCCAUCCCCUUCCUCCUCUUCUGUCACAGCCGGCUCCUUUCGAUCCCAUGCAGCCUCUCCUACCUGCCCUGAACAGAUGGACUGCUCCCCCGCUGUCAGUAGCAGUAUCAGCCCUGGUGCCAGCACCACCUCCUCCCCAGGGGGCAGCGCUACACCCCGAUCCCGAAAACCCGGUGCUGUCAUUGAGAGCUUUGUGAACCAUGCCCCAGGGGUCUUCUCAGGGACCUUCUCUGGCACGCUGCACCCCAACUGCCAGGACAGCAGUGGGCGGCCACGGCGCGACAUUGGCACUAUCCUACAGAUCCUCAAUGACCUCCUGAGCGCCACGAGGCACUACCAAGGCAUGCCCCCCUCACUGACUCAGCUUCGCUGUCAUGCCCAAUGUGCAACAGCCCCUGACCUCGCAUCUAAAACUACCUCCUGUGAGAAGCUGGCAGCACCCCAGUCCUCCAUGCUACAGGGCCAGAGCCAGAUCCGCAUGUGCAAGCCCCAGGGGGACCGGCUCCGGCAGACAGAAAACCGCGCUACACGAUGCAAGGUGGAACGUCUGCAGCUCCUGCUGCAGCAGAAACGGCUCCGCAGAAAGGCCCGGCGUGAUGCCCGGGGCCCCUACCACUGGCCAUCAAGCCGAAAGGCUGGCCGAAGCGAAAGUAGCAGCAGUGGGGGUGGCAACAGCCCUAGUGAGGCUGCUGGCCUGGGCCUGGACUUCGAGGACUCCGUUUGGAAGCCAGAAGUCAACCCUGACAUCAAGUCUGAGUUCGUGGUGGCCUAGAAUCAGUCACCUUUGCCCCUUAAACCCCAGCCCAGGGCAGUGGGGACGCCAAGAACUCCACCGGGAACAUAGCUCAACUCUGGAGAGCAAGCGACCACUUUCCCCACCCCUCCCCCAGCCAGAAGCCUUUCCUUGUUAUUUUUUGUGUUUUUUUUUUCUUACCAUGGUUCUCUCAACUCUCAUGGACUUGGCUUCCUACCUCCUUCUUCUCCCACACUCCCCUCCUCCCCUUCUUUCACCCGGGCUCCUUGGGCUCCCCCUGGCCUGUGUGCCAGGUCCUCCCGCCCACCUUCCCCAGCUCCAAAUAUGUAGCAGUCUUUCCAGAUGGUUGAGAGCAGGAGUCUGAGGAGACCGCCCCCACCCCCUUCCGCUCUGCCUUCCUCCCCUCAACACCCAAUUCAGGUUUUAAGUCAAAAAUGUAGAUGCCUCAUGAAGCACUUUACAGACCAGGGAGGGGGCCCCAGAGAGGAGGACCCCAUCCCAACCCCUCACCUUACCCCUCCCCCACACACACACACUCCCUGCAGACUUCUGGCCCCCACCCUACACCAGCUGUGUCCCCCAUAGUUGACUAGGGGACCGUUUUCCAUUUCUAAUCUGUUUUCUGGGUCUCUUCAUUUUCCUUUUUUUUUCCUUUAAAAAGGAAAGUAAAGUUGUUUUAGCAGAGAGGGUGGCUGGUCAGGGGGGGCUGCCUUGGGUUUACUGUGAGGGGAACAGCCCUCACUGCACCCAGCCCUCAGGGCCACCAAGCUGCUGCCACCACCACCGUGCUAUUUCCUUCUGCCCCCACCCCUGGUUUUUCCUUACCUCCUGCCUGAGCUUGGGGUAUUUAUAGACUAUUAAUUUUCUGACUGAGCCAAUAGUGGUUGGGAAUCUCUUGAAAACCUGGGAGAUAAUGGCCAAGGCUGGGGAGGCUACCCCUGCCCUCCUUCCUGCUCCAACCUGAGGGAUCAUGGACUGUCUGGGGCAUCCUCUGCAGUCAGAUGGGCCAGGAGGUGUUGAGCUGUGAAUCCCCUGGGUAGGAGCAACGCUGUGUAGCAUUAAUUCCCGGGGGGGGGGGGGGGAGGCACUGCUGGUCUAAUUUGGACUCUUCCCCACUCAGUGCCCAUGCUCUGGCAGGGGAGGGGUUCUGUGGCCCCAACAGAAGGACAACAACCUGCCAGGGCCAUUUCAAUGGGGGUAGAGUUCGGAUUUUUUUUCCCCAUUCACUUUUUAUUUUUUAAAGAUUAUGGAGAUGUUUAAGCCCUGCCCCACCUACCUGUCAGUCUUGUUCUGGCCCUGCCUGUCCCCCCCUUGUAGGUGAACCCCAGGUCCUCAUGCCCCCAUUAUGUGUUUAAAGUUAAUGGUUUCUGAUGUGAACAUCAUGUGUUAUAAUUGUAGCUCUGUAAAAUUUUUUUGUGGGGGGGGUGGGUAGGGAGGGAUCCCAGAGGGUAGAGGUCAAGAGGAUUUGGGUUUUUUGUUUUUCAAAAAAAAAAGAAAAAGAAAAAUAGGAAAAAAAGAAAAGGGGUGGGCUUGUUUUUUGAAGAACUGUCUUGGAUACCUAUUUAAAUGUGUGUUCUGUUUUUUAAUGAUUUUUAAAUUACGUCUGUGCCUCCACGGUUGGGGGUGGAGGUCCCAGGCAGAACCAGCCGGUUGUCCUCAGCUCGGUCAGGGCCCUCCAAGAAAGCAUUACUCACUUUCGGGGUCGGACUGUGGGGUCCCACCACCUCGCGUGAGCUUCCUGUAAUGAAAUCGAAAAAGAAAAAAGAACCUAUACAAGCACCGUGAUUUCAAGUAAUAAACAGAAAAUGAAACAA